CAUCACAAUACAAAGGAGAGGGCUGGUAUUUAUAAGCAUUUUCCGCCACCCAAAGCAGAUCGCUUCAUGGGUGGGGAAAACUUUCUUAACAUUGUGGGUACCGCCCAAUUUAAUAUGAUUGGUAGAAAGUCACCGUUCUUAUAACAUUGUUGACAAUUUUAGUUCAGUUCAGACUAUGAAGCUUCUUCUUGUUUUUCAUCUGUCUGCCAACGAGCAGUUUGACGUUAGCAGGCAAGAGUAGCUUUCUCUCUUAUCGCAUUUUCCUCUACCUCUCUUUUUUAGGCUUUUAAAUAAACCCUACUGUCACAGCCUCCUUCCCACUACCAACACAACAAUGGCUGUAACUACCACCUUCUUUCUCUUCACUCUCCUCUUCUCUUUCCCCCUCACUUUCUCCCUUACCCUUCCCACCACUACUUCACCUCUAGAUGUCUCCUCCGCAAUUAAACGCACACUUGACAUCCUUAAUGUUAAUUAUUCACGCGUACAGCUUCAGCCAUUUGGUCAAGAAACCAUGCAAAAAUCCUUUCUCAAUCGCUCUUCCUGUUCGUUUUCUUUCGCUCUUCAUUCUAUAGAAAUUCUCAAUAAAACCCAAUACAAGGACUACAAAACCCUGCUCGAUUCUCGACUUGACCGGGAUUUGGCCCGAGUUAACUCCCUGGUUUCCAAACUUCAGCGUGCUCUCGACAAAGAGAAGGUGAAACAUUCUGAUGCUGAUAAUGAGAUGCUCACUCAGGGUGACGAAUUAUCGGCUCCACUAGUGUCUGGCGAGAGCCAAGGGAGCGGCGAGUACUUCGCUCGUAUCGGAGUUGGAUCACCGGCGGAGCAGUACUACAUGGUGAUCGACACUGGCAGUGAUGUUAGCUGGAUUCAAUGUGAACCGUGUAUUGACUGUUACGAACAAUCCGACUCGAUUUACGAUCCAUCCUCCUCGUCGUCUUAUGAAUCUGUUUCGUGUGAUUCUCCUCAGUGUGAACAACUUGAAGUGUCAGCUUGCAGUAGAGACUCAUGUAUCUAUGAAGUGACGUACGGUGACGGGUCUUUCACAGUGGGUAAUCUCAUGACCGAAACACUGUCGUUCGGGAAGAGUGGAUACGUGGAAAAUGUCAUCAUGGGAUGUGGCCAUGACAAUGAAGGUUUAUUUGCCGCAGCCGCAGGGUUGCUUGGCCUCGGCGGCGGCUCGCUCUCUCUCCCUGAACAACUCAAAGCGUCAUCGUUUUCCUACUGUUUAGUGGAUCGUGACUCAAACAACACGGGCACUUUCGAGUUCAACUCACCUUUGCCGAGAGACUCAGUCACAACUACUUUAUCCAAAAGCAGCCAAACCGAAACUUUUUACUACGUCGGCCUCACCGGAUUUGCUGUCGGUGGACAGUCGGUCCAAAUCAAUGAGUCGACUUUCGAACUCGACGAAUACGGCGAUGGCGGGAUCAUCGUCGAUUGUGGGACCGCUGUAUCUCGGAUUGAAACUCAGGCUUAUUACUCAUUACGCGAUGCUUUCCGGAGUCAAACGACCAACUUAAAAUCCGCGCAGGGCUAUGCGUUGUUCGACACGUGUUACAACUUCGCUGGUUUAUCAAACGUAAAGGUCCCAACGGUGUCGUUUAUAUUUGAUGGGCGCAAAUAUUUUGAUCUACCCCCCGAGAAUUAUUUGACUCCGGUGGAUUCGGAUGGGACUUUUUGUUUUGCAUUUGCUCCCACAAAUUCGUCACCGCAGAUUAUAGGGAACAUUCAACAACAGGGGACACGUGUCACUUUUGAUUUGUCUAAUGAACGGGUGGGAUUCGCUUCCCCUAAAUGUUAAGGCAUAUUAGGAGUAAUUAAUUAUGUUUUUAUCACGUAAUUAACUGGAAACUUCUCUGUUUGUGUAAAAUUAGGAUACACGCUAAUAAAUGAGGUUAAUUACA